CUUAUUAGUUAGCUUCCGAUAUAUUUCAAGAUAUUUAUUAAUAAAAAUUUUAUUAGGCCUUUUUUAAAAUGAAGGCAGGAUACUUGAAGGAAAAUUUCAGAGAAACCUUUUGGAAGAAGACUUACUUUUAAACAUUUUAAAGGAAGCAGCAAUGUUUAGACCGCUCAUUUGGUACUAUAAGAACUUGUAAAGGUGAUCUAAUGAUAUAAUAAGAGAUUUGUUUGCAAUAUUAAAUUUAAUUAAUGCGGAUGCAAUAUAUACAGGAUAUCAUGGCUUUAUAAAUGGAUUAGAUUAAUAAUAUUUAAUAAAAGAUAAUAAGAAUUAUGUUCAAUAUGGAUUUAACUUGA